CGCGAUCGAAACACAACGGUUCUAGUGGCCGCCGCAUUUGGGCGCAGUCUUUUCUUUAUAAUGGAGUUAAAAGGACAAGUAGCUUUAAUCACCGGUGCAGCCGCCGGUAUUGGACUCUCCUAUUCGGAAGAACUCCUCAAGAAUGGUGCUAAGGUUUCCCUGUGCGAUAUUGAUUCUGAAAUAGGGGAGCAAAUUGCUGAUGAGCUCGGUGUAAAAUAUGGACGAAAAAACGUAUUAUUUUGCCAAUGUGAUGUUACUGAUUAUCCACAGUAUGAAGAAGCCUUCGAGAUGACAAUAAAAGUAUUCAAUCGAUUGGAUAUAGUAAUAAAUAAUGCUGGGGUGAUGAACGAUAGAUUUUGGGAGCUCGAAGUUGAUGUCAACCUGAACGGCGUUAUCCGAGGUACGCUCCUAGCAUACCGUUAUAUGGGCAAAGACCGUGGCGGGCAGGGUGGAACCAUAGUGAAUACAGCCUCCACUGCCUUCGCCAAACCACAAGUGUCUACCCCCAUCUAUACGGCUACGAAUUACGCAGUUGUCGGGCUGACUAGGGCCUAUGGGGAUCAAUACCACGUCAACCUCACAGGAGUAAGGAGUAUAGUUUUGUGUCCGGGAUUAACGGACACUGGACUAAUUAAGGACAUCCGUAAGCAGUUGAUGUCUUCUGAAUAUGAGGCUGCGUGGCAGAGAGAUAAUGCUAACUCAAAAACUCAGAGCUCUGAACACGUCGCAAGAUCUUUGAUUGAAAUCCUAUUGAAAGCUCAAAGUGGAUCAGUAUGGGUCGUGGAGAACGGUCAGCCGGUGCGCGAAUGGCGUGCUUAAACUCUUUUCUACUUCUUUUCGUAUACACUUUUGAUACGUUUAUGAAUAUUUACUGAACGUCCUUAGAUAAAUAAUUUUGAACUAAGUUUUUAUGUAGUUCAAGAGAAUAUUUUUGUGAAUCAUCCCUAUAUUUGUCGCGAAAUUACCAUUAACAAAUCUAAUAUUAGGGAGCGUUCAAGUAUUACGACACGCAAUUUUUGGAGAUAAUUGGACCCCCCCCCGUGUAACGCGCCGUAACGUUUUUUUUGUACCCAAAGGUUUCGUGACCACC